AUGUCUGGUGGUCCGUCUCACUGGGCUAAAGAUUCUGCUGAAGAGGAUCGUGUGGAGGCACUUAUCAGGUACAAUCGAGUGUUUUUGCAACUCAUGUCUGGUGGUCCGUCUCACUGGGCUAAAGAUUCUGCUGAAGAGGAUCGUGUGGAGGCACUUAUCAGAGGAACUGGUUGUUGGGAUCAACACAUAGCUGUGGUGGAUUGUAUGGGCGAUAAAGGCGAUUGGAGACAGUGUCAAGAGCAGGUACAACAAUUCAAACAGUGUAUGUCGAAGAAGAAACCGCAGUCAGAAGAAAAGAAGUGA